AUGGCUGCUGAAGAGCCGCCUGCCUUGGUGGUGGAUAAUGGGUCAGGGGUGUGCAAGGCAGGCUUUGGUGGUGGCAGUGUCCCCCGGGCUGUGUUCCCUUCCACGGUUGGGUGUCCCCAGCACCAGGGGAUCAUGGUAGGCAUGGGCCAGAAGAGCUGCGAUGUGGGGGAUGAGGCCCAGAGCAGAAGAGGCAUCCGGACCCUGAGGUAUCAUGAGCAUGGAGUCGUCACCAACUGGGAUGACAUGGAGAAGAUCUAGCACCACACUUUCCACAACAAGCUCUAUGUGGCACCAGAUGAGCAUCCCAUCCUCCUCAUGGAGGCACCCCGCAAACCCAAGAUUAACCAGGAAAAGAUGGCUCAGAUCAUGUUUGAGGCCUUCAACAUGCCCGCCAUGUAUGUGGCUAUCCAGGCUGUGCUGUCCCUUUAUGCCUCGGGACAGACGACAGGCAUCGUGAUGGAUUCUGGGGAUGGGGUCAUUCACGCUGUGCCCAUCUAUGAAGGUCAUGCCUUGCCACACACCAUUCUCUGUCUGGAGCUGGCUGGCAGAGACCUGACUGAUUAUCUCAUGAAGAUCCUGACAGAAUGAGGCUACAACUUCACCACCACAGCUGAGUGGGAGAUUGUUCACAAAGUCAAAGAGAAGCUGUGUUAUGGCCUGGACUUUGAGCAAGAGAUGGCCAGUGUUCCUGUAUCCUGCUCAAGCAAAAGAAGCUACGAGCUUCCUGACAGCCAGGUGAUCACCACUGGAAAUGAAUGCUUUCAAUGCCCUGAAGCCAUUUUCCAGCCUUCCUUUCUGGGCACUGAGUCCUGUGGGAUCCAUGAGAUAACUUUCAACUCUAUCAUGAAGUGCGAUGUGGAUAUUCACAAGGAUCUAUAUGCCAAUACGGUGUUGUCUGGAGGCAGCACUGUGUACCCUGGCAUUGCUGACUGGAUGCAGAAGGAAAUCAUAACUCUGGCACCCAGCACCAUGAUGAUCAAGAUCAAUGCUCCCCGAGAGCGGAAGUAUUCUGUUUGGAUCGUGGGCUCCAUUCGCCAGCAGAUGUGGAUCAGUAAGUAGGAAUACGGUGAGGCUGGUCCUCCCAUAGUUCAUCAAAAAUGUUUCUGAAAGUCUUCCAUGCUAAUGGGCUUACAUUUUUCCCUUUUCUAGGUCACAAUGAUGGUACUGCUUUUACCCACUUUCAACUGAGCCAAGGUAAAUAGUCCACUCUUGCUAGUGUGUAAACUAGCAAACUCACCUCCGUCCAAGCAUUGCAGGCUUCUGCCCGGCUAACCACAUCUUGACCUCUAUCAACUUCAGGAGAAUCCUGAUACCAUGUUCUAUGUUCCUCACCCACAGGGUUCAAAGAAAUGCAGAACUGCUUAAGUGACAGGAGUUAUUAUCUUAAGUGACAAGGAGUAAUAUCAUGAGCAAUGUCCUUUCAGAAUGGAUCACUACAAUUUCCAAGCUUUAUAAAUUAGUUCUUGCUCAAAAUAUCUAGCAAUAGCAGUCUGUAUAACCCUGUAAAAAAGGUGUGUGUAUUUAGCAACAUGUCUUAGUUAGGUUUUUUGGUUUUGUUUUCUUUCUUUGUAUAGAGAUAAUGAAUUAUAUGGGUCAACAAUAUUUAUAUAUAUGCAUAAGCACCAGUGAAAUAUUAUGUCUUAAAAUAUACUGAUAAAAUUUGGCUAUUUGAGCAACUAAUCUGAAUUUCUUAACUCCUCAACUGUCACUGUUUUAGUAUCUCCAUAUUUUAGUUGUUUCCUAUACUAAAUAAGCAUAAUGAAACAACCUAUAUUUCAUGGAUGUUGUUUAUAAAUCAACUAAAUUUUCAGAUCACAGUGGAGUUCUGCUGGUCAAAUGUAUAUUUUAAUGUAUAACUUAUUGAACUUUAUUCUAUUUGUAAGACAGUGAGACUACAGAUAAUGCCUAACUUUUAAAAUAGAGAUAUUGAAAUAUCAAAUUAAUGUCAUUAUGCUCCAGUUUGACAAGGAUAAUUUUAUUUCUAUUUCUUAGCAUAAUAACACGUCUUGAAUAAUUUUUGUAGGCCAUGAUUUGGAAUAAUUCUCUUAUCAAGGAUUCCACUAUGUGGAAACAUAGCUGUAGCAUCUUUGUAAAUUAUAAAUUCUAGUACCAGUAUAGGAUUUCCAAAUUCAUUCUUAGAAAGAUUUUAGAAUAACUCUGCUUUAUUAUGUCCUGUAACAAGCAAUAUUUCUUUAUUCAAAGUGUCUCUAAGAUACUAACAUCUUAGAAAAUGUCUUAAAAGUGUACCUUCCUAUAAACUCUAAAAUGUGUUAACGAAUCCAAUGAUGAUUUUUAACCAAUGCUAAGUGUUAGUGUAUUUAUUUAAAUAUAUUCUGUAAUUUAUAAUUAUCUUAAUAUCAGAGUUAUUUGUAUUUUUCAGGGUUUUUUCUGAAAAUUUAAAAUUUGGGGGUGUUGCUUAUUAAAGCAUUAUCACAUUCUCAGGAGAGAGGAGUUUCUUCUCUUCCUUUCAGUUGGGAAACUUAUACUUGUGUUUUAAAUAUCUAAAUUGGAGUCUGUAAGCAUUUUUCACUGAAGAUAAAACUUUCCAAAGAGUAUGAUCAU